AUGCUGUACGAGGAGGCUGCACGAAGUUGUGGCAAGAAGGUGCGGCGAGGUCUGAGUUUAGAGACCUGGCAAAGUGAGUGUGCAGAAAAGGAAGAGCCUAUAACUAGCACAAAGCAGCAUUUUCUCCCAAGUCUAAAACCAAGGCAAGCUCCUGAUGAUCCGGACAGACUUGGCCCACAAACCAGCGACCUACUCGAUAAUCAACUUCCUGAACUCCGUCCUCAAAGACAGCAUAUGGGCGGCUUUUUUGUGCGCAUUGUCCCUCGACCAACUUGGAUACCACCGGCUGACUGGUCACGCCUAAUCGGCCGCAAACGCCGCCAGGCGAUCUAUUUCGGACCCCGCCGGCAUGUUAAUGAACUAACAAAAAACUGUUCUCAUUUGCAGAGUGCCGAGCUUAGCAUUCUUCAAACAAAUAGGAUAUCAACGCACUUGGACCUGGCCCAUGUCAUUUGUCAUGGCAACAUCAAUGACCAUCACCUGCGUGUGAACUCCCUGAAAAAACUCAAUUAA